AUGGUUUCCAAUCGAGUCUCUUACUUCUUCGACUGGCACGGCCCGUCUCUGACCGUCGAGACGGCGUGCUCUUCUUCCCUCGUGGCCUUGCACCAAGCAGUACAGUCUUUGCGAUCUAGCGAAGUGACCGUCGUAGUCGCGGCGGGGACGAAUCUCCUGUUGGGACCUGAGCCUUACAUCUAUGAAAGCAACCUGAAAAUGCUGUCACCCGAUGGACGCUCCCGCAUGUGGGGGGACGACGCGAACGGCUAUGCUCGCGGAGACGGUGUUGCAGCCGUGUUUUUGAAGACACUCAAGCAAGCCUUAGCAGAUGGGGACCAUAUCGAGUGCGUUGUCCGAGAAUCCGGUGUCAAUCAAGAUGGCCGCAGUCCCGGUAUUACAAUGCCCACGGCCAACGCUCAGGUCGCCUUGAUCCGUGACGUCUACGCUCGGGCUGGCCUCGAUUUGUCUUCACAGACAGACCGAUGCCAAUAUGUCGAGGCUCACGGCACGGGAACUCCAGCUGGUGAUCCUGUCGAAGCAGAGGCCAUUCAUACAGCAUUCUUCCAAAAAAGCGAUGGUACACCCAUUGAGAUCGAAAAUUCCGAGAAGAUUGUCGUGGGCUCCAUUAAAACUGUCAUCGGUCACACUGAGAGUACCGCGGGAUUGGCCGCUAUUGUCAAAGUCGCCCAGGCUCUGAAGCACGGCCAGCUACCACCCAACGGAAACCGUGUUCUGGACGGAAAGACUCUAGACUUCAAGAUGAACACCCGUGUUGAGCCUUGGUGCAAGAACCUUCUCAUUGCCAGUGAGCUCACUGCGUGGCCCGAGGUAGCCCCGGGACAAUUGAAGCGUGCCAGUAUCUACAGCUUUGGCUUUGGUGGCACCAAUGCCCACGUCAUUCUGGAAAGCCUGGAGGAAGAUAUGCUGGCCAAGCAUGUGAAAGAGGACGCCGAUAGCCAUAUGACGAGGUCAUUCGUGUUUUCUGCGCAUUCCAAGCAAUCACUGAUGGCAAACUUGGCUGCUUACGCCGCCUAUCUAUCAGACCAUCCAGACACACGCCUUGCCGACCUUGCGUGGACUUUGCGUUCGCGACGGUCGCGUCUUCCAAUCCGAGUCUCAUUGUCGGCUUCUUCCGUCGACAUGUUGCGUGAAAAUCUAGAAAGGAUUGCCAAUAGUGACUCCAACAAGCUCAAGCUUGACCAACGGCUCAAGCUUACAGCAACGGGAUCUUCGAACAGCCCAAAAGCGAACAAGGCCAAGCUCCUGGGGAUUUUCACGGGGCAAGGUGCUCAGUGGGCUCGAAUGGGAGCGCAGCUGGUUGAGAGUUCCCAAUAUGUGUCCGAUAUACUCAGCAAGCUGGACGCCGACCUUGCUAAUCUUCCCAACGAAGAAGACCGCCCCAGCUGGACACUUCGUGAAGAGCUCUUGGCAGAUGCGACCAAGUCUAGGGUUGGCGAUGCCGCCAUUUCCCAGCCUUUGUAUACAGCCAUACAGGUGAUUCUCGUGGACCUGCUCCGUGAAGCCGAGAUUGAUUUCGCCGCUGUCGUUGGCCACUCGUCUGGCGAAAUCGGUGCAGCUUACUUCAGUGGUCGUCUGUCCUCGGCCGAUGCCAUCCGGAUUGCCUACUAUCGUGGCCUACAUUCCACUCGCCUGGCAGGUGGGCCCAAGGGCAUAGAGGGCGCCAUGCUGGCCGUUAGUACCAACAUGGAAGACGCAAAUGAAAUUUGCCAUGACGAGUCCUUUAACGGACGAGUCAAGCUUGCGGCCUGCAACUCUCCCAAUAGCGUCACAUUGUCGGGUGACGGCGAUGCUGUCGAGGAGAUAGCUGCUCUGUUUGAGGAUGAGGGAAAGACGGCUCGUAGACUGAGAGUUGACAAGGCGUAUCAUUCGCACCACAUGAUUCCCUGCUCACAGCCAUACUUGAGUUCGAUGAUGGGCUGUCCUUCAGAUUUGCCUCAGCCACAACCCCACUCAGACUGUGUAUGGGUGUCGAGCGUGGUCGUAGGAUUAGACACAGCGGCGACUGAGUUGGAGAUGUCGUACUGGGUUGACAAUCUCCUGUCGCCAGUCUUGUUCAAACAGGCAGUCGAGCGAGCGGUUGCUGAGAUAGGACCAUUCGAUGGCAUUGUUGAAGUUGGACCGCACCCGGCUUUGAAGGGACCCGUGCGCCAGAUCCUCGAAGGGCUGAACAUCGGUCAACUGCCUUACACCGGGCUUCUGGAACGAGGCACAGAGGCGGAUUGGAGCAUAUCGACCGCACUGGGAUAUCUAUGGACUCACGUUGAGGGUGUUGUUCCCAACUUUGACAAAUACGAGAACGCACUGAGUCAGUCGGGAUCUUCCAAGCCCAAGUUCGUGGCUGGUCUUCCCAUCUACCAAUGGAACCAUAGCCAUGAAGGAGGGCACUGGCACGAACCCCACGCGUCUCGUCACCUUCGUUUCAGGAGCCCCCUUGUCCAUCCUCUGCUCGGCAAUAUUUCCACUGUUCUGCGUCCCGAAGACAUUCCCUGGGUCCACGACCACAGAAUCCAGGGCCAAAGUGUCUUCCCUGCUGCUGGGUACGCCGCGACUGCGCUGGAGGCAGCUACUUUCUUGGCAGAUGGAAAGGCCAUUCAGCUUAUCGAGCUUGAAGAUCUCGUCAUUCACCAGGCCAUGGUAUUUGACAACGAUGCUUCCGAUUCUGGCAUCGAGUGUGUGAGCCGUUUGCAAGAUGAUGCGCCAAUCGCUGCUCAUUUCACCUAUGAAUAUUACUCUUCAAACGGAGAGCUGGAGCUUGCAGCAAGUGGUCAACUGUGUGUUACUCUUGGGGAGCCUUCUCAAGAGACCCUACCUGCCAGCGACGCUAACCGUGACUCUGCCAUGGUGAAUGUCCCGACCGACGUGUUCUAUUCCUCACUGGAUGACAUGGGCUAUGGGUACACUGGACCCUUCAAAGCGCUUUCUAGCUUGAACAGAAGACUUGGAAAGGCUGUGGGUGUUCUUGAUACAACAUUUGCUGAAUACAACGACGCCAAGAGUUGGAUGGCUGUUCACCCUGGCGUGUUGGAUGCCGCGAUCCACUCCGUCAUUCUUGCUUACAGCUACCCGAGACAUGGAAAGCUCUGGUCAUUACACCUCCCAACGAGUAUCAAAAAAAUUCGAGUCAAUCCCGCUCUUUGCGGGCGUAAUUGGACCCCUGAGCCUGUUCCCUUUGUCUCGAAGAUCUGUGAAGAUCAAUUGGACUUGAGGUUCUGA